AUGAAACUUCAAAAGGAUCACGAACUGUUUCUCACCGCAACAAAAACUCAGCCUCUUCUUCAGCAUCCCAAGCUGUUCGACACAGAGCAGCAGCGCAAAGAAGAAAUCAACAAAUCAAUCAUUUUAGCCACAGGAGUUGAGCUUGGCUCCGAAGAAAUCCAAGAAAAAUCCCAAUUUUUUUAUGGGAAAAGGCCAGAGACCGCUCAAAAAUUUAGAGAAUCCAAAACCCUUACCGACCCUCGAGAUCGUGGUUAUUUGAGCUACGAAGAAGAAAUCCAAAACAAAAUCCAGCAAGAAGAAAUGCAAUUGCACAAGCACAAAAAUUUGAAAUUAAAAUUAACAGUUAUUCUCCCUUAAAUCUCUUAUAAUUCUCAUUAUUUACUUUAAAAAAAAUAAUAUUUAACCAAAAAAGAAUACCUCAGCCCGUAAACAAUAUGACAAUUCUCCAAUAAAACCUGGGUUUUAUUUUUUCGAAAGCUUAAUAAAAGCUCCAAGAGUACACAUAAACACCCUCAGUCAAAAUAUCCCUGAAAGUCUUUAUUAUACUGACAAGUUAUAUUAUCUGCAUACUUUACCAUCAGGAAAGGUAGAAUGCACUACUGAUUUUUUCGGCUUUAAAUUCUUACAGGUAGUAGAAUCUUUAAGAGGAGAAAUAGAAGAAACCAACAUUUUUAACUCAGCAGCUGCCAUUAUGCGAGGCAGGGCAGAUGCAGAACAAGACAUGCAGAAAAUCGUCCUGGACUGAAAUCAGUUUCAAGUAAAAAUGAUUGGAAAUGAAACAAUCCCAAGCUCGCUGCUUCAAAGAUUUAUUAAGUCUCCAGGAGGCCGCCCAGCAGUAACUAGAUUGUACUAUUUUGCCAAUGUGAAAUCAAAUAAAGCGAAUUAUGCAUAUUUUGUUAAAAGAUUGGAUGUAGAAGGAAAUAUUCAAAAAUGUGUCGUGAAUAUGUCGAAGCCUGAGACUUUAGAAGCUUUUAAAAUGGCUGGGUCUGCUUUGAAACCGUUUGAAGCAGAAGCUGAAAAAAUAGUAGCUUAUUUAAAUAAAGGCUACAAUAUAAGAAUCCAAGAAAUCAUAUUAGACUAUUUACGAGACAAACAAGGAACAAUAUGGCUUUGUGGCUGCAAAGGUUUUAAAAUAGACGAAAGCACUCUUCCUAACAGCUUGGAGCCUGUAAAAGAAUGAUGGCCCCAAACACAUCUUGCUGAAAGCUCAGACAGCGAAGAUGAAGAACUGCAAAAAAAAAUCGAGGAAAAAGAAAAAGGGUUAAUAAGUUUUGUGCACUGUAAGCUAUGCAGACUUUAUUACCCAAACUAUGAAUUGACUCAUUUAGUUUCUGUAAGGAUGCUAAUGCUCUAUAAAGUUCAUGUUACUCAUAGACUAGACUUGCCAUGGGACACUUCCCAUUUAAAAGUAGCUACCUCAGACAUGCUUUCCCAAAGCGUAAGAAUUUGCCAAUUUUGCUAUUUGCUCGUCACAAGUGAAGUCGAGCUUAUGAAAACUGAAGAAAAAAUGGCCCAAGCCUUAAAUGUGCCAAAAAAAGAACUAGGCCAUGAAGAAGAUUCAAGGCUGGCUGUGCAGCUGCAGUUUCUUCCAAAACAGUUAGUCCAAUGGAGAAUAUUGCUGUUAGCUACUAAUUUAUAUGAUUUUAAAGGCUUAAUUAACUGUUCCAACUUAAGCCUGAGCUUCAAUUUUUCUGGACAUAUAACUACUUUUCCUAUAGUUUUGACAGUAUCAGAAAACUAUGGAGAGCCAUGUAUCGCGCUUGGAAGCACCCGCAUGCAUUUUUUAUUUACAGCCCAAGAAAAAUCACUUAAAGAUUUUUUAAAUUCUAAUUCACUAGAAGUCACCAUAAAAGAAGGCAAAAAACCUAUGGCUGCAUCCAGAGAAAAUUCCUUAACUGGGCUGCCUAUAAGUUUGCCUGUUGGCUGCGCAUUAUAUCAGAAAAAGCAAGUUUUGCUAUUUGAUGCCAAAGGAUCUGUAAAAGGGAAUUUAUCACUUAUAAUUGGGCUUAGCUGUGAUAAAAAUAUUCCUAGUAAAAAAAUCAAGGUUUUGCUAGAAAAAAAGCAAAAUGCGUAUAUCCCUGAGGAUCAUUAUAUGACGACAGACCCACUGCCUAAAGAAUGAAUGGAGCUUUUUGGAGCUGAAGCUUUAAGUGAUAAGACUUUUGGGGAGCAUAUUGAAGAAAAUGAGUUUUAUUCCCCGCAUUUGACGAAUGUUGAGCUUAGAAGAAUGGAAGAUGUAACAAGCCCUUAUAAUGUUGCAAAAGCACCUGGGUCUUUUGGAGGGUCAAAAAACCUAAAAUAUUCAAAAACUGAUUUGCCGCUUCCAAGGCCUGAAAGCUGCAAAGCAAUUUUAAUGAAAAAUAAAGGAUUCCACAUCAGAAAAGCUAAAAAACAGAAAAGCAGCAUUCCAAGGCUACAAAUUGACCUAAAUGUCCCUGAUGAAGCAAAAGCAGUUUUCCAUACAGUUAGUGACUAUUUAAGUUCAAGACCAGUCAGUGCUAACGUAAAAAGAAUUCUUGAAUCUCCUCUUAAUUCUGAAUUCAGCACUAAAAGAAAGAAUAAAACUACCAAACAAAGAACAAAAGGCCAGUCAUCUCCUAUAUCAAUCUAUUCUGAUUAAAAAAUUUUCUAAUAGUAACCAUAUUUAUUUUAUUUAAAAAAUAAAAUGAUUUUUUAUUAUAUAUAGUUUUAAGUCUAUAAAUUUAGGUAUAGUACAAGACGCUCUCAUGCUUCUACCCAUUAUGAUUCUUCAGGCUCGUCUCUUACUUCUCCAGCUGUAACAAGAAGGCUUCAAUUAGAAAGGCAAAUGUUUAUGAUUAGCCAAUAUGCAAAUAUAAGUGCUGAAGAUAUACAAAAAUAUAAAGGAAGGAUCAAAAAACAAAAUUCUAAUAGAGAGCUGGAAAUUAAAAAAGAUGACCAAAGCAGCUCUGGAGAAUCGUUGAAUUUAGACUUUAAAUCAGAAACAGAUGUGAAUAAUUUAGAUAAAUAA